GAUCUCUCUUCAUUGAACUUCCCUUGUAUCAAGUUACUAGUAAUUCUUAUUUAAAGUACUUACAUCUUUAUAUAGGAAUCAUGAUACUUUUAACUCUUCUAUAUAGAAUGAGCUUAAAUCCAAUGUACUGUUCACAGUUCACUCAUAUCAUCCGAUCUUCUGAAACUGAAAUUAUAAGGUGUUUUGCCUUAUAUUUUAAGCGUUUUAGCUAACUCAGAAGGAUGUAUUCUGAAACAUUCUAAGUUAUGAUCUCUUUUGGUGCUGGACAGGUGGACUUUUACUUUGGUUGCCAUUUACUUUGGGAUGCUGAGCAAGGAUACUAUACACCUUUAACUAACAGAAAAGAUAAAAAUGUACUGAGAAAAGCCUUAAAUCCGCAGGAAAAAUGCAAUCUUUCACAAGCUGCAGGAAUUAGUAGCUAUCUCUUUCAGGUUAUAUUCCAGACGAAUGCUGGAGCUGUUAUGCUUACUGACCUCAUAUAUUGGUGCCUUAUUUUCCCAUUUCUUACCAUUGAAGAUUAUACAUUGAAUUUCAUGACUGUGAAAUUGCAUACACUCAAUGUUAUCCUACUUCUCGGUGACACAGCCCUGAAUAGCUUGUGGUUCCCUUGGUUUCGAAUUUCUUACUUCGUAUUAUGGACAGGUGCUUUUGUUAUUUUCCACUGGAUCCUUCAUGCUUGUGUCUCGAUAUGGUGGCCAUAUCCAUUUCUUGAUUUGUCAUCACCGAAUGCUCCAUUAUGGUAUGGUUUGCUGGCAAUCAUGCAUAUACCGUGCUACGGCAUUUUUGCUUUGAUCGUAAAGACGAAGCAUUAUCUGUUGUCGAAAUGGUUUCCCCAGUCGUACCUGCAUUUAAGUUGAACAAUGUCAAACACCGAUGGACUCUGCCGAAGUUGCGCAGCAGAUUCAAGCAAUUGGGUAGGCACAUGUUUUUCCAUCAAAUUUUACAUUGAUGUUAUAAAGAGAAUGCAAGGCACUAGUAACGAAGAAUAGUCGGUCUUCCACAAGGCAGGAUCAAGCAUUGAAUGAACAAGGCUAAAUGUGUACAUACAUACACGGACCUUCAUGGUUAAAAUUCUUGU